CGACGCUGGCGCUGCUGGAGGGGCGCACGGAGCAGCCCCAGCUCUGCCCUUCCGUGUCGGGCCGCACCCCGCAGCAGCGCUGGGCAGCAGCCAGCAGCGCGGCGCCGUCCGUGCAGCUGUUCCUUGGCCUCUCACGUCCUUCCGUUAACGGGAGCCAAAUGUUCGCUGCCACAGCGCUGUGCCCGGCUGUGCCUCACUGCCGUGCGGGGCCGUCUCGCUGCUGUCCCGCGGUCUCGGCGGCCAUCACCCCCACGCGGUGCCGCGUGCGGCCCCGACCGGCGGCAGUGGGGGAGGUGGGACUGCGGUGGGGGCGGUGCAGCGUGGCCGUCCGUGAGCGCACGCGGCUCUCACCGUCGGCCUCCCCGUUGGUUGCUCCGCCUGCGGCUCUGGAGCCCUCCACCGCCGCCUGCCCUUGUGUUAUUUGUGUCUUUUGUUCGUGCUGCAGGAGCAAUGCGGGGGGUUUAAGCCGACACUGCGGCGUAUGGAACCCUUUGCCUUUAAUCGGCUCACGAGCGGAAACACGGCUGUGUUACUGCGUUGGAGAGGCGGGUGUCGGUUGGGAUACGGCAGCGCGGAUGUUGUGCGCUGCGGGAGGGGGAGCUCCGCGCACAGCGACGCACAGAGGCUGAGGGGUCCGCGUGCUGGGAGGGGGCGGGGGCACCGAUGGGGGACGGAGGGAGGGGGGGACGGCGGCCCCGGGCCGGGCGGGCUCCGUGCCGUCGGUGCCGGGGCUGCGGGGCUGCGUGGCUGCGAACGCCCCCCGCGGUCCCGCAGAGCUGCGCUGCCCGCGCCGAUGCGCUGCGCGGUCCGGGGGCGGCACCGGAGCCGAGGCCCGAGACCGCAGCGCCCCCUGCCGGCCGUCCUGGGCAGCGCCUCAGUGCGGAGCGCCGGGCGGCAGCGCCCCCCCGUGGCGGCCGCGGGUCGGGCGGGCGGCGCGGAGCGGCGGGGUGGACUCGCGGGGUCCGGGGCAGCCGACCGCCGGUUCCGGGCCGGAGGGCUCCGCCGUCCGCGGCCUGGGGGGGCCGCUCCGGGCUCGAGGCCGGGGCGCGGAGGCCCCGAGAGGGCGCGGCCUCGGCGGGGCGGCCCCAUCCCCGGCCACGUCCCCGUCCCGUCCCCCCGGCGCGUUCGGGGCGGGCCCGCCCCGCGGCUGGCGGCGCGCCGGAGCGCGGCCCGGGCAUGCCGGCGCGGCGUGGGAGCGGGCGGGCGGCGGGCGGCGCGCGGGGGGGCCCGCGGCCAUGGGGCAGCCCCGCGGGUGACGAUGGCGGAGGGCCGGCGGCGGAGCGGGGCGGCGCGGGGCCCCCCGAGCCCGAGCCCCAGCCCCAGCCCGAGCCCCAGCCCGCGGCGCGCCGUCAGCGUGUGCGAAUCGCUGGACCUGCAGGGCGUCCCCGCCGUCCGCGCCGCGCUCGGGGCCGCCCAGCAGCAGCGGCGCCGGCCCAAGAGCUUCUGCGCGCCGGGCGGCGGGCCGGGGGUCGGGGCGCUGCUGGGCUCCGCGCCGCGCCCCCGGGGCGGCCUGCUGGACUUCUUCCGACCGCGCCGCCGCGAGGAGGGGGACGGCGGCGGGGCGCCCGUUGCCGGCGGGGCGCAGCGAGCGCGGCCCGGCAGCGUGACCUUCCUGCCCGCCGCCCGCCCGCUGCCCGCCGACAGCCCCGGCUUUCCCCGCGGAGGUUCCCUGUGGGGCAGCCGCCGCUGGAACCUCUUCGGCCGCGGCAGCCCCGGCCCGCGGCGGCACCUGAGCGCCCUCCGCAAGAGCUUCAGCUUCCGCCUGCGCCGGGGCCACGAGCUGCGGCGCUCCGAGUCGGGCGGGCUGCGCCCCGCGCGCCUCCGCACCAAAAGCGAGGGCGACGCCGCAUCGCUGCACGCCUGUCCCAGCAAGCGGGACCUGCUGUACCCCGAGCUGGGACGCGCCGGGCUGCGGGCCGAGCCGGGGCCGCCCGGCGGGCUCUGGAAGCUGCUCACCAGCCGCUUCCGACGGCGGGAGCGCGGCGCCGGCUCCAAGGAGACCCGCGGCGGCAACGACCCCGUCCUGCUGGGCGGCGGUCCUCUGCGAGCGUUGGAUUCCUUUGUGAACAGCCAGGAAUGGACCCUGAGCCGCUCGGUGCCUGAGCUGAAGGUGGGCAUCGUGGGGAACCUGUCCAGCGGCAAGUCGGCCCUGGUGCACCGCUACCUGACCGGCACCUACGUGCAGGAGGAGUCUCCGGAGGGUGGCCGAUUUAAGAAGGAGAUCGUGGUGGAUGGUCAGAGCUACCUGCUGCUGAUUCGCGAUGAAGGCGGCCCCCCCGAGCUCCAGUUCGCUGCCUGGGUUGAUGCCGUGGUGUUUGUCUUCAGCCUGGAGGACGAGAUCAGCUUCCAGACAGUGUACAACUACUACCUGCGGCUGUGCAGCUACCGGAACACGGCAGAGGUGCCGAUGGUGCUGGUGGGCACGCAGGAUGCCAUCAGUGCCACCAACCCCCGCGUCAUUGAUGACUCUCGGGCACGGAAGCUCUCCAACGACCUGAAGCGCUGCACGUACUACGAGACCUGUGCCACCUAUGGGCUGAACGUGGAGAGGGUCUUCCAGGAUGUGGCUCAGAAGGUGGUGGCUCUGAGGAAGAAGCAGCAGCUCUCCAUCGGUCCCUGCAAGUCCCUGCCCAACUCACCCAGCCAUUCGUCUGUCUCCGCAGCCUCCAUCCCCUCUGUUCACAUCAACCAGUCUCGGAAGGGCGCGGACGCGGAGCGGGACAAGAAGGUGCCGGAGUGCAAAGCGGACAGCAUCGGCAGCGGGAGGGCCAUCCCCAUGAAGCAGGGCAUUCUGCUGAAGCGCAGCGGCAAGUCACUCAACAAGGAGUGGAAGAAGAAGUACGUGACGCUGUGUGACAACGGCGUGCUCACCUACCACCCCAGCCUGCACGACUACAUGCAGAACGUGCACGGGAAGGAGAUCGACCUGCUGAGGACCACGGUGAAGGUGCCCGGCAAGCGGCUGCCCAGGGCUACGGCGGCAGCGCCCGGCGCGAGCCCCAAAGCCAACGGGCUGUCGAAGGAGCGGAGCAGCACACAGCUGGCAGCCAGCACGGGCGCCCCACAUUCCAGCAGCAGCACCUCCCUGCACUCGGAGCGCUCCGUCAGCGGCAUCAACCUGGUGGGCUUCAGCUCCAAGCCCGACGGCAUGCACCAGCGCUCCUACUCUGUCUCCAGCGCCGAUCAGUGGAGCGAGGCCAUGGCGCUGCCCGGCGCCUGCCCCAACCCCGCCAACGGCACUGCCGAUUCCCUCAGCUCCAGCCCCAACAUCUCCACCGCCGCCAGCCCCAAGCUGGAGCCGCCCCCGUCGCCGCAUGCCAACAGGAAGAAGCACCGCAGGAAAAAGAGCACGGGGACAACGCGGCCGGACGGCCCCAGCACGGCGGCUGAAGAGCCAGACGAACCCUUUGAGUUCAUCAUCGUGUCCCUGACGGGCCAGACGUGGCUCUUUGAGGCCUCCACGUCAGAGGAGCGGGAGCUCUGGGUGCAGGCCAUUGAGAGCCAGAUCCUGGCCAGCCUGCAGGGCUGUGAGAGCAGUAAGAACAAGGCACGGCUGGGCAGCCAGGGAGAUGCACAGGCCAUGCAGGCAGUGCGCACUGCGCGGGGGAACAGCUUCUGCGUGGACUGCGACGCGCCCAAUCCUGACUGGGCGAGCCUGAACCUGGGUGCCCUGAUGUGCAUCGAGUGCUCUGGGAUCCACCGCAACCUGGGCACGCACCUCUCCCGCGUGCGCUCGCUGGACCUAGACGACUGGCCUGGCGAGCUGCUCACCCUGAUGGCCGCCAUCGGCAACGCGUUGGCCAAUGCUGUCUGGGAGGGCGCUGUGGAGGGGUACCCCAAACCCACCCCCGAGAGCAGCCGGGAGGAGAAGGAGCGCUGGAUCCGCGCUAAGUAUGAGCAGAAGCUGUUCCUGGCGCCGCUGCCGCAGUCGGACAUCCCGCUGGGACAGCAGCUGCUGCGGGCGGUGGUGGAGGACGACCUGCGCCUGGUGGUGACACUGCUGGCACACGGCACCAAGGAGGAGGUCAACGAGACCUACGGGGACGGCGACGGGCGCACGGCGCUGCACCUCUCCUGCGCCAUGGCCAACGUUGUCUUCACGCAGCUGCUCAUCUGGUACGGGGUGGAUGUGAAGAGUCGGGAUGCCCGGGGUCUGACCCCGUUGGCCUACGCACGGCGCGCGGGCAGCCAGGAGUGCAUCGACAUCCUGCUGCAGCACGGCUGUCCCAGCGACGGUGCCACGCUGACCCCCAGCCUGCCCCGCCGUAACGCCAACGCCAACAACAACACCUGCACUGCCGUGCCGCCCGAGCUCAGCACCAGCCCCGGUGCAGUGUAGCUCCCCGCAGCGGGGCCGAGGGCUGUUCCCUGUGCGCUCCCCCCCACGGCCCCCUGCUCCAGCUGUGCUGUGCCCCUGUCCUUGGGGCUCUGCGGCUGGAAGGGGCAGCUGUGCAGCCCAGUGCUGUCUGCGUGCAGAGGGUACUCUGGAUGGGGACUCAGUACCCCCAUUUCAUGACCGGUACAGGGGAAGGAGAGACAGUUCCUGUGUGCCCCCACCACGCUCACGUGUAGGUAGCGCAGGGCUGGAGGUUGUCCGGGGUGCUGCCCACCCCUGUGCGGCAGUAUGGGGAGGACCAGUGCUGCCCCGUCCCUCUGCCCUCCGGUUGGCCAUGAGGUGCCCCAGCACAGUGGGGCAGUGGGGGGCAGUGGGAGGUGUACAUUUCACCACAGCCCUCUGCCCCUCUCUGCUUCUGGCCAGUAUGGCGGGCCCCCUAGCUGGUACUGCCCACCCCUCACUGACGUCAAGGGAAUGUCCCUCCCUGCAGCCCCUGGACGGACCCCUCAGCCCCACUGCUUACCAGAGGGGCAGAGGACGCUCUGGGGACCAUCUGUGUCUGUCUGUCUGUGUAAAGUCACUGUCCCAUCAGGUUGAAGCCCUGCAGCCAUGCACAGUGCCUCCAUCCCGCGGGUCCCGCUGCGCCCGGGCUGCCCCGAGGCUGAGCAGGAGAGGAGCGGAGCGCCUGCUCUGCUUGGGGCCAUCCUGCAGCUGAGCACCGGGACCCCGAGGCUUCGAGCGCUGACGUGGAAUGUCUCCAUCACUCGUGUAUAAAGUGUACAUUGGAAAUAUUUAUAUGGACACUCUGUAUAUAGUGUUUCUUUGCCAUGAAUUGCCCUGUGUGUGUUACCUGCAGCCAAGGAGAUGAAGGCCAAUAAAGCACCCACUUCUGCCA